CUCUGUGACUAUAGUUGUGCUACAGUCUACACGUCAGCUUGUCAUUUCUGUCAAAACUCAUAAUCGCAAGUUUUUUGUGGAAGAAUCGGAAUAAACAUAGGAAAUAAUAGUGAAAUAAGUGUAAAAUAAGCUCAUUAGCAAGAUGGUGCUUAUCGCGGCUACGGUAUGCACAAAAUCCGGAAAAGCGUUGGUGUCACGACAAUUCGUCGAGAUGACGAAGGCACGUAUAGAAGGCUUGUUGGCGGCUUUUCCUAAACUCAUGACCAGUGGCCGACAACACACAUUCGUUGAAACUGAAUCUGUGAGAUAUGUCUACCAGCCAUUGGAUAAACUUUACAUGCUUCUCAUAACAACAAAAGCAAGUAAUAUAUUAGAGGAUUUGGAGACCCUGCGUCUGUUUAGCAGAGUGGUACCAGAAUACUGCACUCAACUGACAGAGGCCGAGGUGUUGAACCAGGCGUUCAAUUUGUUGUUUGCAUUCGAUGAAAUUGUAGCAUUGGGCUACAGGGAGAGUGUUAACUUGGCACAAGUUCGUUCUUUCGUAGAAAUGGACUCGCAUGAGGAGAAAAUUUAUCAAGCUGUUAGACAGACGCAAGAACGCGAAGCGGCCAAUCGUAUGCGAGAGAAGGCAAAGGAGUUGCAAAGAGAGAGACUUGAAGCAGCCAAGGGGAGAUAUAUGGGAGCUGUUUCAAAGAAUUUCGGUACCGGUUUCGGCAGCUCCUCCAUGUCGUCAGCCAGCAGUGAGCCAAUGAUCGAAAAGAUACCAGCCACGCCUGUUAAGGAGACACGCACCAGCCGUUCGGCUAUGAAACUCGGUUCUCGCGGCACGGACGCUGAUAGCUUCGUUUCCCGCUUACAAACUGAAGGCGAGAAGAUAGUUGCCAACACUCCGCUUACCGCUAAAGUGGACAAACCGCCUGCCGCUGACCAGAAGGAGAUUCACCUACGUUUCGAAGAACGGUUGAAUUUGAUAGCUGGAAGGGAUGGUGAUAUACAAAACUUUGAGCUAUCUGGUUUGCUGACGCUACGUAUCACCAAUGAGCAGUUCGGCAGAAUACAUGUCCACCUCGACAAUAAAGACACAAGGCCUUUACAAUUACAGACGCACCCCAACGUGGACAAAGAGGCCUUCAGAUCGGAGGGUGUGAUCAAACUGAAGCAGGCCCAGAGACCGUUCCCUCUCAACAGCGAUGUCGGUGUUCUCAAGUGGAGGCUGGCUGCCGCUAAUGAUGACAGGCCACCGUUGUCUGUAAAUUGCUGGCCGUCGGAUGGCGCUAACGGCGGAUGUGACGUCAACAUUGAGUACGAGCUCGAGCAGGACCACCUGACGCUAUCAGACGUGAACAUCAACAUUCCAAUGCCAUCUGGCAACACAUCGCUAGUGGUGCACCAAUGGGAGGGCAGCUACACGCAAAAAGGACGGACAUUGGUCUGGAACAUUCCACUUAUAAAUAAACAACAGAAAACUGGCACUCUGGAGUUUACUGUAUCACCAGCGAUUCCGAACGAUUUCUUUCCGCUAACAGUAUCGUGGGUGUCCGAAACAUCUCUGGCGCUUCUCACCACUAUGAAAGUUGUUCAAGCUGAUGAUGGAACUCCGGUGGACUAUUCGCAGGAAAUAAGCUUCCAUCCCGAUAAAUAUGAAAUUGUCUAAAUAUUUUCGUUAUUAUAUAUGAUAUAUUGUAUUAUUUUAUCAUUCUAAAUAAAUUUAUUGGAGCAA